AUGGCUGACACACCAAGCGAACCACCUCCUGACUAUGAAAAGUCGACCGCCACCCAGAGCACCCCUCAGCGGCCCUUACGGAAAGGUCCUAUACCGCUAGAUCUCCCAAUUCUGAAGCACCUCAACGGCAAGAGAGUGAUUCUUGCAUCUGCCUCACCACGAAGAAAGGCAUUGCUCCAACAGUUUGGCCUCACAAACCUCGAGAUUCUCCCAUCCACCAAACCCGAGAAUCUCGAUAAGGCUGCACUAGGUCCUUACGAGUAUGUAGCUGCAACUGCUCACCAAAAGUGUAUGGACGUUUAUACUACCGCACUUGAAGUUCAUCUGAAAUCUAUACCGGAUCCUGAUCUCGUCAUUGCUGCGGACACUGUUAUCGUUACCAAAGAUGGUCGGAUCCUGGAGAAGCCUCGAAGUGAAGCUGAUCACAUUCGCAUGCUAAAGCAUCUGCGGGACCAGAGAAUGCACAAGGUCUUGACAUCGAUUGUAGUAAUCGCUCCAAGAGAAGACGCGAGACAUCCGGGCUAUGUCAUCGACACCUACACAGAAGAGACCAAGGUGUACUUCUUGAGUGAAUCUGAUGGUCUUCCUGAUGAUGUGAUUGAAGCAUAUGUCAAGACUCGUGAGGGUGCGGAUAAGGCUGGUGGCUACGCUGUUCAAGGCGUGGGCGGCAUGUUACUUGUUGAGAAGCUUGACGGAUGUGUCGACAACGUUGUUGGACUUCCAGUGAGAAAAUGCAUGGCUAUGGCGGAGAAGGUCAUAUUCAGACAGGAAGAGGAGGACUUUGAGGGUGAAGGCGAGGAAGAGGAUUAG